CUGGUCGAGCGCGCGGAAUCCGGAUGUGAUGAAAACCGUUUCAGUGUAACUUUUCUUCAGCUAACUCACGAGACCCGACUCUCCUCAAAGUCGCGCUGCUAACUGGAAACGCUUGUUUUUAUUUUCCUCAACAGAAUUUUCUUUUCUCCUGAAAAACGGGUGAACUUUUUUUUGCUUUUGUUAUGAGAGGAAGUUUUAACGGGACGAGAUUUAUUUGGGCGGAGGAUGAUUAACAGGAGGCACACUUGAAGUGAAACAGUGGAGUUGACAUGUUUGGAAGGGUCGACGGCUGAUACAAAAGGGUGUCUGUGUGUUUUGUUUCGGGUGUGUACAGUAUCUCGACGAGAGGUCUGGCUCAUGUCCGCGGAGACAGAGUUCCCUCCGGAGGGGCCUGUAGGUCCGGACAAGCAGCAGCAUGAGACGAGUCUGCUGCUGGAUCACUCCCAAGACGCAUGUCACGCUGAUGCUAAAGGAUUGCCUGAUACCACAGAGAUGAGCACAACUCCAUUUUCCAGAGAACACAGUGCUGAUGGGCAGCUGGGCAUGAACGGGGAGAGCCCCACUCAUGGUGAACCUAUAAGAACCCAGCCUCAGCCCAGUGAUGGAGAGGCCACACGGCUGCACAAUGGCCUCCAUCCAGGCAUGAGCAAUGGCCAUAGAACUCCACCAGGAACCACGCAGCCUGCAGCCUCUUCUUCUUCCUUCUCUGAGAUGAGGAAACCGCCACCUCCCGUCUCUCAGCGCGUGCAGAGAAAACUCCGCUCCAGCCUGUCCGUCAACAGCGACAGCAGCAGGAGGAGCAAAGGCAGUUCCACAGGCUCCCACAAACCUGGCUCCUCUCCAGAAGACUGUUGUGUGCACUGCAUCCUAGCCUGCCUGUUCUGCGAGUUCCUCACCCUGUGCAACAUGGUGGUGGCUCAGGCAUCAUGUGGCGCCUGCACAUCAGAGGCUUGCUGCUGCUGCUGCUGCGCAGACGACCUCGGAGACGACUGCAACUGCCCCUGCGACAUGGACUGCGGCAUUAUGGACGCCUGCUGCGAGUCCUCUGACUGCCUCGAGAUCUGCAUGGAAUGCUGUGGCAUCUGCUUUCCCACAUAAAAGCCCUGCUUGACCGUAGAUCGCACAUGGAGACAGAGACAUCCUGUGUGUGAGAACGUGUGUGCCUGUAUAUAUGUAUUGUGUGUUUGAAAGUAUGUAUGUACACACACACUCAAAUGAAAAACACAAGCCUGGCCUCCAUCUAGCUGUAAGAGCAGAUACUUUAUCAGUUUAAAUGGACUGAAAACGUUCUGUAUUAUUUGUGUAUGUAAAGGUUAUCACUCUCAGUUAUGCUAUUAUCUCUAACUACUUUUAAGAAGUACUUUUUUUACUUCCAAAAUUGUUGGCACCUUCAAGAGCAUGGGCAAAUAUUAUUUUAUAAAAUAAACUACCCACAGGGAUUCAAAUUGAAUUGGCACAGCUACUUACCUUUUCUCUGACAAAACAUAAUAGUAUUUUCUCUUAGUUUUUGACAGCCCUUAUGGAUAGCUCCAGAAACUUCCUCUGGAGAUAGACCAUGUCUGUUUUGUGAGUGUGGGGUUUUACACUUAACCCCCCCCCCCCCAAAAAAAAAAAACAAAAAAAAAAAAACAAAA